AUGGCCAUUUGCAUGCAAUAUGGAAGCACAUUCCUGAUAAGCGAUGAUGAUAUGUUGAGUAAUGAUGAUGUGGAUCAUGUGAAGGUAGCUUCGCAAAAAAGCUAUGCCCUUUACUGUCGUUCGCAACGUCUCCUCCUCGCCGACAUUGAAAACCCUUCCUUGAUGACGGUACAAAGUUACAUUUACUGUAUCAUCUAUCUCUACAAUACAUCAUCGCUGAAUGCUGCAUAUGCAAUGCUGGGAAACGCAUCGAGGGUUACCCAAACAAUUGGAUUGCAGUUUCAACCUGCAAGCAUUACAUCAGUAGCAGACCGACAGUUGAGAGCUCGUGUCUGGUCCGUGAUGGCUAUGCUGGAUAGUCAAUUAUCAAUGGCACUUGGCCGGCCAGCUACAAUUAAUGUGGAGAAAAGCAAUAUAGUAUCACCUGGCCAUAGCCAGGAUCAUGCAUCCCUCUCAGGGUCAAUGCUGAUGAGUCCGAACCAUGACGAUAUUACGUGGUUGAGCUUCCAUGAAAACUGCGCACACCUGGUCAACUCAGUACAGCAAAUUCAGUAUGAUUUCUCAAAGCAAGUCAUUCAAGCACAGGAACACCAUGCUGUCAAGUCGUUUUACGAUAGCCCAGUCGCUCUUGAAGAGCUUGCGAGCUUUCUUGGACGGGAAGUGCGAUCUGUUUACGGAUGGGCAGAAAAUGUCCCUGAAUCGUUGAAGAUACCUCGAAAAGGAUCCGGGGAGUCCUUUUCAACUGAGCGGACUCUGCUGAAGUUUAACACUUUCAGUCCAAUUUGGCUGCAACGCCAGCGACUCCUGCUUGAGAUUCUAUACCAUCACCUUCAACUUUCAAACUUUCGCUCAUUUUUACGCCUCCCGCCUGGUUCUUCGUUUAUAACGCCACUUUCCGACUGCCAUAGCAUCAAUUGUCUCAACCACGCCAUCUCUUUGACAAAUAUUAUCCAUCAGGUGCUCACUGAUACGGACCUAUUACGAGGAUGGUCUCCAGUUGUUCAAUAUCAAUGGGAUUCUGCUCUUUGUAUCCUAGGAUUCACUCUGACCAAUCCUAUCUGUCCUCCAUCGCCGACAGCCCGGAAAUGCCUACAAACCGCAAUAUGUUCAUUUGAGAUAAUGGGUAAAUAUUUCGCGGCCUCAAGAGAGGCUGCCCAACUGAUGCGAAGACUUGCCAGUCAAGCCGAAAUGCUUGUCCAGCAAUUUCAUAAUAACUUGUCAAGCCGAAAAACGGAUUCACGAGAUGGUUCUGGGCAGAUUGUGACGCCUGCUGCUCGAUCUUCAACUACUGAUGCUGUGCAGAUGCUUGCGGCUCCAGCACUGACACCGGAAUACAUACAGAAGUGUCCAAGUGCAGGGUUUGAUCUUUCGAGUUUCGUCGGCGGUAGUGGUAUCGGUGGAAAUGAAUCCUUUACACUGGAUGAAUUCAGAAUUGUCUCCACUGGAAUGAUUACUAAUGGGUCCCCUGUACUUGGAGGAAUCUCUGGAGAUUUGACGAGUGAGGUUGAUUACUCAUGGAUUUCGGGUGAUGGCAUAAUAGACUGA